AUGGAUAAAGUAGAAUCAGAUUGUGUACUAUGUGUAGAGAAGGCAGACAUCAUUGCAUUAGGUCAUUGUAAUCAUAAGACAUUCUGUUAUCAAUGUAUGAUCAAAAUGAGAGUCAUAAGCAAAAUAAAAAUGUGUCCCAUUUGUAAAUAAUAACUUGACAAAAUAAUCCUCACUGAAAAUCUCAAUGCUCAAUUUACAGACUAUCAAUUAAAUAACCUUAUACCAAUAGCAUAUUCAGUAUGAUAUUAAUUUAUAUCACUCCUUUAGAAAGAAUCAAAGGAUGUCUUUUAUACAGAUUCUGAAGAUAUUAAAUCUAAAGUAGAAGGUCUUAAUAAUUUCAAAUGCCCAUUCCAAGAAUGUCAAACUGAGUAAUAGAUGACUAAUUACAAUUAAUUGCGAAACCAUCUAAAGGAUUAACAUCAACGAUAUUUUUGGUAUCAAUAAAUUGCUUAUUUUAAAGUGAUGUUUGUAUUGAAUAAAAGACGUGUUUCCUAGUUGAAUAGUAAGUAUAUACAGAAUACUAACACAGACAUCAUCUAUAACAUGGUGAUUAUGAUGAGGAUGGUAAUCUCAUUUUUAAGCAUCCCUAUUGUAAAUAUUGCAAGAAAAACUUUUAUGAUGAAGAUAAAUUCAAAUAACAUUUGAAUAUAGCCCAUAUUAAUUGUAGUUUAUGUGAUGAUAGUAAAUUUGUAUUCUACAAGGAUCAUGGAAGUUAUGAAAAGCAUUUGAAACUCUCCCAUUAUUUAUGUGAAGAGCCAGAAUGCAAAUAAAUGUUAGUAGUAUUCAAAAGUGCAGGAGAAUUAGAUAUUCAUAAAACUUAAAGUCAUCGUAAUGAUCCAAGAAUAAAGAAAUAAAAUUAAUAUAAUAUUCAUUAAUUUGCUGGAUUUUAUGAUAAUCCAAAAUAAAAAACAUAAAAUAAUGAUAAUGAAGGUUGGAAUUUUAGUGAUUAAUUUCCAUCACUUAAAUAAACUAAUUUAAGAGCUGUUGUACAUCGUGAUUAACAUAAUGAUGAAAAGAUAGAUUUUAGAGACUUUUUAUAUGUUGAUUAUAAUGAUGAAAUUGAUAAAUAAUCAGAUCAUAGUGAAAAAUUACAUUCUUAAUAAAAUUUACAUUUAGAAGAUUUACGUCUUGUUAAACCUAUAACCAUUCCAAGCAUUAGUUUUGAUUACUUUAUGAGAAAAUGUUCGUUUUUCUUGAAAAAUCAAAAAGGAAAAGAGGAUUAAAUUAGAAAAAUGAUUAGCAUGUUUGAAUAAGAUAGAUAUAGUGCUGAAAAUUUUGUUAGUGAUUUUAUUAGAAUGUUUGAAUUGAAAACAGGAUUAAGAUUAAUAACCUUUUAUAUGGCUAUGAGAGAUGUUAAAGAAAAUAUAAAUAUAAAUAAAAUUCUUGAUGAUGCUUAUUUUAAAGAAUUGUAAAAAUUACCAAAAAAAAAUAAUUCUAUUAUUAUGUAAUGCAAAACAUAUUCAGAAUUAUUUUUAAGAUUAUUAGAUGAAUUGAAUUUAAAUUUGGUUUAAAGAAUUGAAAAUGGAAAUCUUAAGAAUUAUGCUGAUACAAUAAUGGCAAAAGAGAGAAUAUUUUAAUUUAUUGAAGUACUUAGACAUGUAAAAACUGAAGAGAUGGGUAAAUUUAAGUUUGCUUUAAAUUUUGGUUUGGUAUAAUAAGUAUUGGAACAUAUCAAAUAAUCCAUUUUAUUAGAUGAUAUAUCAAACAUUUAAUGUAUUAUAUUUAAUUUAUUUUUAGAAAAUAUAUCCAAAAUUAGCAAUCAUGAUUUAGUUCCUUUUUAUUUAUAUGUUAAUUUAAGUUCAAAGAUUUUGAAAGGAGAAUAAAUUCAUAAAGAAUAAAAAGAUGUAAAUGAAUGUGUAUAUUUGGAAUUCUUCUAAAAAAAUACUAAAUUAUUUAAUCUAAUUUCAAAACCUGAUGUAAUUGAAUCUAACAAAUAAUAAAUAUUGUAAAAGUAACCAAAAUAGUAAUAAGCAAAAGGAUUAGAAAUGAAUGCAUUUGAUUUUCCCUCUUUACGUAAUUAAAACCUUAAAACUUUUAGCAAAGGCACCAAAAAAAGAAUAGACAAUAGAUGAUCAAUUCUAAGUCAAGAAUGUUGAACCUUAAAAAUAAUUAUAAUAGAAAGAGAAAAAAUAAAAAUAAACCACUUAAUCUAAGAAAGGAAAGUGGCAAGAUAGUGGAAUAGCAAUAUUUUAGAAUUAAGCUGUAGAAGAAGAAUCCUUCCCUAGUCUUACAUCUCAACCAAGUAUUAAUUUAUUAAAAUAAAUUCUUUAGCUGAAAUUCAACCAAAACAAGUAACUAAAGUGACUGGAACAUUCAUUGAAGAUGAAAGUUUUAUACCACUUACUACUUACUAACCAAUUAGAAAUAUAGAAGGAACAGAAUGGGAUUCAAAUCCUAUUGUACCUGUAAUACUAUUUUUUUUUAUUUAUAAUAGAAAAAAAAUUCAUAAAUGAAGGAAGUGGCAAAGAUAAAGAAAAAAAAUAAGACAAUUGUAUAAAUUUCUGGUGGGUUUUGUUGA